GAAGCAUACCAGAGCACCCCUUCCCUCUCCCCUGUUAUCAAACUAAUUUUGACACACCUCUAAUUGGAAGGAUGCAUCAUACCACACCACGUCCUUACCCAACCACUGUAGAUUGGGUUAGCUCCUACGAGAGUGAAUACUCGGAUGAGAUGGGUGGAGGGAGAGCUACUAGGAUUUUAAAUCCAAGGGUCAGCCAGAGAAUACAAGGGGAGACUCUUCAGGAAAGAGUGCGUGUAAAUGAGAGUACGGGAAGAGAUAGACGCGAUCAGAAGCGCUGGGGCUAACCGGCGUGGCCCAGUUGAAAGUUACGAAGGCGUUCACUCCUUUUGGGGCGCUCCUCUCUUAUCUGAACAACAACAGACAAUAGCGUCCCGGACUUUGGAAGGCAGGCUAUCUAGUAUCAUGGUGUGGCAUACACCCUCUCGACGUCGUCGCUAUCUCCUCCCAAGCCCUCACGCCGAACGCCCACCAAACCAUCCAAUGACGCACGAUCGCAUCGAUCUUCCUAUCACAAUCAAUGCAUAUGCCAAUCCAUUCGAAAUGGCCAACGACGACAUCAUAAACCCGGAUCAUCUCGAUCAGGAUCGGUUACGGGAUCUUCCUCACAUCAUGGUGGAUGAGUAUGAUCCAGAGCCGGGGAGCGAGUUUGGUUUCAUUGUGGAGAGGCCCGGAUUUUGCCAUCCUCGUGGAUGGUGUCAAAAACUGAUGGUGUUAUUCCUCAUGUGUCUUUUGGGGUUUGGGUCGUACUUCUGUUUUGAUACCCCUGGAGCGCUGCAGGACGACAUCAAGUCGAUAAUGGGGGUAACCACCUAUCAGUUUGCCUCCCUGUAUUCCUGGUAUUCAUGGCCCAAUGUUGUAUUGCCCAUCUUUGGUGGUUAUCUGAUCGAUCGAGUUUUAGGCCUUCGAAUUGGAGCUGCGUUUUUUGCCUUUGUCCUCAUCCUGGGUCAAGGCUGCUUCGCCCUUGGGAGUUUUGCGGACAGCUUUCUUCUCAUGGAAGUUGGUCGAUUCAUCUUUGGCAUUGGCGGCGAAUCCUUGGCUGUGGCUCAAAACACCUAUGCCACCACUUGGUUUUCUGGAGACAUGCUGAACACGGUUUUUGGUCUGCAGUUGAGUGUGGCUCGGUUAGGAUCAACGGCGUGUUUCCAGGUCACCGGUUAUUUGUACAACUUUCUUUGGAACACAUUUUUCGGACAGUGGAAUGACAAUCAAAUUUUGGGCACCACGCUCCUAGUGACUGCCCUUACUUGCGUCAUGUCAUUUUUGGCAUCUUUGAUUAUAGGAUGUUUGGACAAAAGGGCCUCUCGAAUCUUGGAGACGAGCAACUCCGAAGUUGAAAAGAUCCGUUUGGCGGAUAUCAAACAAUUUCCACUUCAAUUCUGGAUCAUUUGCUUCAUUUGUGUGGCCUACUACGUGGCCAUUUUCCCUUUCGUGUCUUUGGGGCAAGUGUUCUACAUUCAAAAGUUUGAUUUCUCCACGGAAGCGGCCAAUACGAUCAACGGAUUGAUCUAUUUGAUCUCAUGCUUUGCCUCACCGGUUUUUGGCGCCGUGAUCGACAGAUUCGGGCUUAAUGUGUUCUUCGUCAACGCCGCUGUGGUAGCCACCCUGCUCGGACACAUCUUAUUGGGCUUUACUACCUUAAACCCUUAUGUGGGGGUCGGCAUCAUUGGAGUAGCAUACAGCAUGCUGGCCAGCUCACUCUGGCCUCAAAUUACCUACGUCAUCCCUGAGCAUCAACGGGCAACUGCAUUUGGUCUCAUGCAAGCGGUUCAAAAUGCGGGUCUCGCCACGAUCACUCUGUUAGCCGGACUCAUAGUAGAUUCCUUCGGCUACCUUUGGCUAGAGGUUUUCUUCAUGGGCUGUUUGUGCAUAGCCCUAUUUGGUGGGAUUGCCCUGUGGGUGGUGGACGCCAGGGGAAAUGGAAUUUUGAACAUGACCCGCCAGGAAAGGUUGAUUUUCUUCUUAAAACGUGAACAUGAACCUAUUUUUGACGAUCAAUCUCUCUUGCAAGAGGAUCUGGAAUGGUUAGAGUCGUAAAUGAUUUGCAAUCAUAUUUGCGAGGGAACCACACUUUUGCCCAAUUCGGUCACAGACAAUGGAGAGUUGAACAUUUUAUAAUGCUGAACUGUAAUGUACAUAUGUAACUGGGAAGGGGAGAAAUGUGUAAUUAGUGUGUGAACACCCGGACAUUUGAGCUGCAACGGAAUUGAACUAAUCUAAAAUUGAAACCUUCUAAUGAUAAUCGCAAUUCCUUUUGUUUAAAGACACUUCUUAAAGCUAAUGCAUGGCUAAAUUUGAUUUUUUUUUAUCCCUUGAGGUAACUACACCAUUGCUCAAAAGGCUAGGGUUGAGGAAAUGAUUGCUCAAAAUGAAUAUUCUUGUAAUGAGUUACAUGUAUCCAUGAACAUAUUAGAAACAUUAUAAUCACAGAUCAUUAUUCAUACUGUAAAUAGAUUGUGUCUUUGUAUGUGCAUUGUGAUCAAUUUUAAAUUGCUCAAGAAAAUUUUCCUUGUAUUUUCAUUUUGAAUUUUUUCUCAGAGUUCUUUUACUAAAUACUUGCUCCAAGGUUGACCAGUGUACCCAUAAUUUGCCGUUGCUAAUAAGUGCGUGUUCCGAAAAUCUCAACGAGAAUAAAAUCGCUAAC